UCCAUGGAACACUUGUCGAUUUCUUUUUUAGCCGCCCAUAGAAUAACAUUCCUUCGACCGAAAUACCAGGGGAAUUUACAGAAGAAUAGAGUAAAUAAGAUAUGUCUGAAUAUUACACGCCAAACUUGCUCUUUAGACAGAAUGCCAUCAGACACAGUCCCAAGAGUUCUCCGAACUCGAGCCAUUCCGAUCUCCGGCUCGGCACCCCAGCAUGGAUGCUCAUGGAGAAUGCCAACGACUCACAGGUGAUCAACCAAUCCUGUUCGCUUAACCGUCUCAAUAUCAAAUCCAAUUACUGGAAAAUCCCUGACAAUAAUAUGAACCUCACGGCCAUGGAUGUAAAUACGAGAGCUGGUAACAAUGCUGCUGUUGGCCUGGAAACUCCAACUUUAGCCAUCUCCUCGGGGAACAAACUGCAAAACUUGUUCAUCUACCAACUAGACACUCAGAACAAUUACCUCACCCACAACAACACCAUCUCUCUCCCCAACAUACAUUCAAUGAAAUGGGUUCCAGAACCGGAGUCCCACACCUUGGCCACGGGGAACAACGCCGGGUAUGCCCAUCUUGUAUCCAUCCCACGCGCCGAUGCCGUGGACGAAAAUGCCGAAAUUAUCAAGAAAUUCAACCAUGCCAAGUACUUGAAGCCACACACCACUUCAAACAUCACCAGGUUAAACUUUUUGGACGAGGAUAACCUCUUGACCUUGUACCAGGGCCAUUUGUUCCGCUGGGACGUGACCAGCGCCAAGUCCAAGCCCACCAGCAUCUCCACGCUCCGUGGGGCCCGAAGCUUCGACGUGAUUCCCUCCAAACGUUCCACCGUAGCCAUCAGUGGAGACUUUGGGGUGUCGUUGUUCGACCUCAGACAAUCUGACUUUAAAGUGCCCUCGUCAAUCCUUAGAAACGCCAAUAAGGAGAAACUUGUGUCCAACUUGAUCAAGUGGAACCCAAACGAUGAGUAUGUGUUUGCCGCCAGUCACAUGGACGGCGCCGUGCGUCUUUGGGACACCAGAAUGCAGGGCCAUUAUGGUGUCUUACAGGGGCAUGGGAACAAGACUGUCACCAGCAUUGAGUGGAACAAUGACGACAUCUUCACCGGUGCUCGAGACGGGAACAUUGUCCAUUGGGACCUUUCCAAUACUGCUGAUGAUCUUAUGAAUUGCACCUUGAAAGAAGGGCUUUCCAGUGUCAAGUUCAACAGUCAAACCAACUCAUUGGAUGACAUGGCCCAUCAAAGACAAUGUGGGACCGUUCUCCCAGCAUCAAACACAAACAUCACCUGUAUGGCGUCCAUAAGUGACAAUGGCGAUGAUUGUAAGAUCUUGUCCAUUGACGGGAGCUCCUUCUUUGGGGUGCACUCCAAGAUCUACGACGCCAUCCAAUUGAACAUUAACUCCGAGAAGCUCUACUACAACGCCAGCGAUCUUUCCUUGUUGAUGAAGUCAGAAGAAAAGGUUUCCCUGGAGACUUUGGUUGAAGGAGAUGAUGAGCUUAGUGACAUCGAGUCCCUUGUCGACGAAUGCUUUGUCACCAAACCUUUGGAAGUUUCCAGAAAGCCCACCAUUGACUUCAAGACUGUGGUGGAGAGAGUUAAUGAGCUGGACAAGCCAACAACCCUUUCAAGGAAACCAACAUUGUUGCCUGCCUCAGAAAACCUUUCCAGUGACACCUUGUUUGACGAGGUUGCACCUGUCACCACUGACAACGAUGGGGAUGAGUUUGAGUUUCAAUUCUCGGUGGACAACUCGCCAGGGAACUCUUCGGACACGCUGCACGAGUUCUCCGACAACGACUCGGUAUCGACAAACCCAACGUUAUUGGAAGAAGUUUUCAGCAAGCAUGAGGCCUUUGACGUUGAGUUUGACUUUCUGGGCAUAAGCGUAUAGAUAUAUAAUUGGAAGAGGGCAUACCCUUGAUGGUUUACAAUAGGAUUUUAUAGAAUAAAAGGAUUGGUUGGGUACUUGGAAAUGUAGAGA